UGCAGUCUGCGACAAGAGUAGUUGGUGAGUCUUUAUUUUAUUCCUCACUAUUUGCUAACUCUCAAAGGCAUUAUCUUGUCUAAUUCUAGGAAUGAACUCAUGCAGAAGUCUGCUGGGCUGCAGGCGGAGGAUGCGGACUGCGUUACCUUAGAUGACCCUGGUGUUGAGCUGAUGGAGUCUGACAAUGGAUGAGGAGGUUGACCCUAAUGAAGAAAAUGUGAACUCCGUCUUGGCUCAAGAAUCCUCCGAACUUUUCCACAUUCUUAGCAGACAGUCUCCCACAACCAUAAUGGAGCUGUGCCAAAUGAUGCCUAGUGAAGCCAGGUGGGAAAACCAGUUGUCCGCUGCUAGCUCCUCUACAGAUCCCAUCAAAGCCAUGCUGGAUUACUUCAGGGUAGCCAGGCCUGAAAAAUGCCGCAUCUUCCUUCAAAGUGUGUGUUUCUUGUGUGAGAACAUCCCCAUGCAUCUGGAGUCGAGGCUCAUAUCAGUGGCUGGAGAUCCAAGCAGUGUAGAUGAUCUCAGUCCAGAGGAUCACAACCCCCCAUCGCCACCUUCAGAGGAGCAGUUGAUGAAACGUCCACGAAUUGAUCACUGGGAUGAGUACUUUACUUCGGUACGAGGUUUACUGCAGUGGAGAUGGAAGCGACUGACAGAGCGCCUGGUCAAAGACGUCCAGCUGGAGAACGUGUGGGUUAGCCUGAGAAAUACAAACAGAGUUAGGGAUAGGCCUGACCAAACCCCUGGGUCAGCAGACAGAGGGAGCAGAACACCAGAGUCUGAUGGGGAUUAUAUGUUCUUGGAGUCCAGACUGACUUUGGAGACCUUCCUCCAGGGGUGUGAAGGAAAAGUGACAGUUCUCAUCGGCAAGGCUGGGUCAGGAAAAUCUCUGUUAAUGUCUUGUCUGGGACAGCAGUGGGCAAAUGGUCUAGGCCCUAUCCCUUCGUCUUACUUGUUUGUCCUGCUGGAAUUUCGUCAGCUCAAUCUACUGUCCCGUCCUCUUACCCUGGCUGAGCUGCUGCUCCAACACUACCUCCCUCCAAAUGGGGGCGACGAUGCAAAGAGAGCGAUUAUGGACUGCCUCCUUUCCAAUCCAGAGCAAAGCUGUUGGGUUCUAGAUGGCUACGAUGAGUUUCAUGGCAAACUCAACAGACAAGAGAUGCAGCGAGAACCGCUGGACUUAGAAAAGCCUCUGCCGGUUGCAGACCUCGUCUCAGGGUUGUUAAAUCGUCAGCUUCUUAAAGGAAGCACCGUGCUUGUCACCUGUCGUGUACGUGAUGUUAUGGAUUUGGAUGGAGUGUCAGAUAAAGUGGGCCAGCUGCUGGAAUGGGGGCACCAUGAGAUCAAGGAGUACGUGGACAAGUUCUUUGGUGUAAAAGGUCACUCAGCAGACAGAGCUCUUGGAGUGCAGGCAGCGGAUCUCCUUCUCUCCAGUCGACACCUCCUUGCCAUGUCUUCCCUCCCUGCCCUCUGCAACAUCUGCUGCAUCUGUCUGGAGCAUGUACUGCUGGAAAACACGCAGAUCUCUGGAGAAAGAAAUGGCGAAGAGGAUAGAAGAGGAGAGCCUCAUGCACACAGUGAACAAAGUGGAAAGAGAGACGGCAGCGAAGAAAGAGUAAAGAGUGGAACAAACGGCAGAGCUCAGCUACGUCCCACACUAGCCCAAAUCCCCUCCACCCUCACCCAGGUCUACCUCACUGUUCUCGGUGCGUUUCUUGACCGCGACAGAGGAUUUCCUCAGAGUGCUAUGAACACACAGACCACUCUGAGUCAGUAUCAACUGUGUACGUUGAGUCGGCUGGCUUGGAGAGGUAUAGAGGAAAGCAAGAUCCUCUUUGAAGAAGGAGACAUUCCACAAGAUGUUUUAGAGUUUUCAGUCAGGACAGAGCUCAUGUCACAGGUGGAGCUUAAGCGUCAGGAUGGGACGCUUGUCAACGCCUACUGCUUCAUUCACCUGACGGUGCAGGAGUUUUUGGCUGCGCUUCGACUCAUGACUAGUGCUGAUGUUAGUGAUGCACAACUGAAGAAGAGAUUCAGUCUUAAAACCCGCUGGACAACCAAAUCAGACCACAAGACGGUCUUCACUGACUCCCUGUACCUGCAUGUAUGUGGUUUGGCUUCCCCACAAUGCACUCCUGCCCUGGUUCAAUUAGCCAGGGCUUCAGGUGGAACAAGAGUCCAGAGUUGGGUCCUGAAACGACAAGAGCUAGUUCGGAAAAUGCUCAAAGCCCUGUGUCAAAGCAACUCUCUGACUGGGCCAAAGGUACUGGAGCUUUGCCACUGCGUGCAGGAGAGCCAAGACCACCAGCUGGCCAAGCAGUUUGUGGAAGCAAGACCUAUCCUUGAGCUACGCAAUAUCAGGCUACUACCUAAUGAUAUCGAGGCUCUGGCUUUUGUAGUUAAUGCAGGAGGAGAUAAUGACAUCGGUUUGGGCUUUGGAGCAUGCUCAAUGGAGCUGGAGUGUUUAGAUGUCCUGCCCAGGUGCCAGUCCAUUCAUUACCUCAGUUUUCGCAGCCGCAAGUACGGCGACAAAUUUGCCGAGAAGUUGGCCUCUGUUUUGCCUGAAUUCACAGCCCUGAAGAAACUCGAGUUUUGUAGUUCCAGUCUGACUGCUGUGGGAGCAGCUAGUUUGGCAUCUGGUCUGCAGAAGUGUCCAGACAUCACUGAAAUCAAUCUAAAUGACAACAAUCUGAAAGACAACGGAAUCGGGCACAUCGCUGAGAUUUUUACCAAACUGCAAAAACUUGUCUCCGUAAUGCUUGGACGAAACAACACCUCUCUGAAAGCUGUGGACUGUCUCGUUGAGAAAAUGGCUUCGUGUUUGAACAUCCAACACGUUUAUGCAGAUGGAACGAAAGAAGUGAGAGUAACGUUUUCCCCAGACACAGAUGAGAUAAGCCAUAAAACUAAACCCAAAUCAACAAUCAGCUUGUUGAACCAGGAUUGGAGCAAGCCUGAGAUGCAAAACCUUGCCAGAACGUUGGCUGGCUGCCCUUCCCUGGCCGUACUGGAUCUGUCUGGAGGCCAGUGGGAUGUGCAAACUUUAAAGACGCUGAUUCAGUUUUUGCCAGAGCUCCACAUCACCGAGAAAAUCAUCUUGAAUGACAGCUGCUCAUCAGUGGAGAGUUUGGUGAUUCUGACUUCUCUGCUUUCUCGUUGUCCUCCUGUGGUGGAGCUUCACAUCAGACUACAGAGUCCUGUUCAGGUGUCUAUAGUGUUCGCUGGAGGGAGUAAAAAACCUGCAAAUGAAGUAUCUAAAACGCUCCGCCUCAGAUGCUGUAAUCUGCUGCCUGCUGACCUGGAAAGAGUGUGGAAAAGUUUGGGAACCUCAUCUGGUCUCACUGCGUUGGAUUUGUCCAGCAACAGUUUGGGCAACAAAGGUCUGAGGAAGUUGUUGGAUGUCCUGCCUCGUCUUAGCAACAUCCAGGAAAUUAAUGUCAGUAACAAUGGCAUCGGCAUGGAGGGAGUGGUGAUGCUGGCCGAUGCUUUAUCCUCCCCUGACAGCUUAACAGAAAUUCUCAUCAGCAAUGAAGGCAAAGACCAGGUGAUUCUAAAGUUCUCCCCCAACAGAAGUGAUGACAAAGAGCAGCUGAAGAUUUUCAGAAUGAGGAACAGCAGCCUCCUUCCAUCUAAUGUUACCACUGUGUGCACAAAAUUGGCCCAGUGUGGCUCCUAUUUGGAGUUAGAGUUCUCUCACUGCUCACUGACAGACAGGGCAAUCAAGAAUCUGCAGAAAGUGUUGCCAAAGAUGACGUCGCUGCAGAAACUCAAUGUCAGCCACAGCAUCACAUCCACAGCCGAUGCACUCAUGCUAGUCAGCUGUUUGAAUGACAGUCAGCGAAUCACAUCACUGGAGCUCAGGCCUCAGAGUGAUUCCUUCAUCAGUUUUGGAGCAGUGAAGGCAGAAGUGAAAGUCAGCUGCAGGUUAACAGGUUUUUGCCUGAAUGGUGACAACUUGAAGAGACUGCUUGAGAUCCUGCAGGGACCUCGACUGUCUCAUUUGGAUUUAUCAAGUAAUCAACUGGAAGACGAAGGAUUGAAGUGUUUGGUGGAUUUUCUGCCCAGACUUAAAAUCAACAGCUAUGUCAACCUCAGUCACAAUCGACUGACCCAGCAGGGGCUGUUGGAUGUGGCCAGCACACUGUGUACCUGUACCGAUGUCUCUUCUGUGGAAGUCAGUGUGGGAGAAGAGGAGAGGUGUCUCAUCUGGUUCAGACAAAAUGGAGGUUGUGAAAAGAGUCUGAGUGUCAGAGAAAGCAACUUGAAGCGUGACCAUUUGGUCAGGCUAGCAGAAAUCGUACCCAACUGUCCCUGUGUGCCCAAACUGGAGUUCAAGAAUAAUCAGCUGCAGUCAGAGUGGAUUGAAGACUUUGUGAAGCUGUUGGAGGGCAGUGAGAGAGGAUGCAUCGUCAGUAUUGAGGAGUCUUGGAUUCGAUCUGAGGCAGCUGUGUGUUUGCUGUGCCGCUGUUUGGACCUCAGUAGCAACAUUCAAACGAUCAGUAUUCACCAAACAACGCUGCACCUUUCUCUGAUGAAGUCUGCUGAAAUGACUUCAGUCAGUGGUGACGCUGCAGAUCCAGCUCAAUCAAUGGCCGUAAAGAAAAUCGGUCUUGUAGACUGUGCAGUUGAUGGCGACCAGCUUUCAUUGAUAGAAAGCAUCAUCCAGAGAUGUCCUUCACUGACUGAGCUGGAUGUUUCCAAUAACAUCCUGGAUAUAGUUGGAGCCAAGUUUCUCUGUUCUUCUCUGCCAUGGCUGCCAAAUCUCACUACUCUCAGUAUUGCAUCCAAAGAGGGAGGUUUGACUCUACCUGAGAAGUUGUCACAGGCUUUCCUGCAGUCGACAUCCAUUCAGCACUUAAAUCUAUCCGGUCAUGUGAUCAGUAACACAGCAGCUGAGAAUAUGACCAGAUUUUUGCCUCGUCUACAAUCCCUCAAUCUGUCUCGUGUCUGGUUUGAGGGCGGAGGGCUGCAGCUGAUGGAAACUCUGGAACAGUGUGUCUGUCUGGAAGACCUUUGCCUGGACUGUGUGCAGCUGAAUGAGGAGAGCAUCAUGUUUCUGGCACGCUCACUGAGGAGUAUCACCUUAAUACGCAAUCUCAGGCUGAAUAAGAUCGCCACAGCAAUGGAACAAUCCCAAGCUAACAGUGUGCUGAAUCUUCUGGCUGCUAUGGAUGGACUCACACAGAUACAGGCGAUAGAGCUGGACAGCUGGAGGAUGGCUGAUGCAGGAAUAGAACAGCUGACCAGACUCCUUCCUGUCUGGAAAGACCUCAGGAAGAUCAGUCUUUCAGAAAACCUUGUCAGUGACCAAUCAGGAGAGACGCUGCUCAAGGCUUUAAGGGCCUGUAGUCACCUGGAGGAGCUGCAUCUUUCCAGUAACAGUCUUGGUGACCUCACUGCUGCUAAAAUGGCCGUUGUUUUUCCAUCACUGACACACCUCACUGUGUUAGAUGUUUCAGAGAAUCGUAUUGGAUGUGAGGGUUCAGCUAGUCUGUCCAAAGCAAUAAUGAGCUUGAAGAACCUCAGUAAGAUUAAUCUGACCGCCGUUGGGACUUCAGAGCUUUGUCCUGUCGCCGCCAGUCUGGCCCACUGUCCCCUCAUACAGGAUGUGGGUCUGGGAUGGAAUAAUUGUGGUGAUGACGUGGCACUGGAGCUGGCCAGAGUUUUGCCUUUGUGCCACAAGCUGACCAGGAUAGACCUGGAGUCCAACAAUGUGAGUGUUUGUGGGGCGGAGGCUCUGCUUAAAGCCUUACAGUACUGCCCUGCUCUACACCUCAUCAGACUGUGGAGAAACAAAGGGCUCCAGAAUGAAGCCCAGAGGCUCAGUCAGAUGGACAGGAGGCUGAAUUUCUCAUCCACAUGAGUCAAUCCGACCUGCUGGAAGGAGCAGAAGCGUCAUUCCGGUUCAUCAGAGGUGAAUCACAGCACAGAGCUGCUUCAACCACACUGAGUUCAUUCUUUUUUCCUCUCUAUGGGUUUGUCGGUGCAAGAUGCCUAAAUUCCAAAUUCCUGCAACAUAUAAUAGGAAUGUUUCCCAUUUUUUUGCACCCAUUUAAAUGUAUGAUUUUGCACCUGUUAACUUGUAGUUUCACAGCAGUAAGCUGGUGUGAUCAGCUGAUGAUGUAUCACUGUCCCUUCAGCCAAGUGCCAAUUUAAUGAACCUUUCUGAUGGUCCAUGCUGGGUGUGGACAUCAGAAAGUUGGUUUAUUGUGGAUAUUACACCUAAAGACUUCCGUUUUGAUUCAUGCAUCACACAAAUACUUUACUUUCUGGAGAGCUUCUGGCCAGAACACAGAGAUGGCUGUCCUAAUAAUAUGCUGAUUUAAUGAAAAAAGAAAUGGCAUUAAACUAACUGUGUUACUGUAGACUACAGUUAGUUAAAAUGCAGUAAGGUAAAAGUUUGAAAAAGGCACAAAAUAUAAUCUGAAAGCUACGGAGCUUCUAAAGCAGGGGUGUCAAACUCAUUUUAGUUUAAAAAUGACAAAAGUCAGAUAAAAGAGACAAAAAACAGGACAAACUAGAAAAGCACUCAGAGAGCGCAUCUCUCAAUUGUACAUAGUCCUUCAAAAAAAUCCUGGAUCCAGACGGUGAUCCGGAUCACCUCCAAAAUCUAACCGAUUGUUACUUUUGCUCUUCCGGACAUUCUGUAAAAUUUUGGUGAAAAUCCGUCCAUGACUUUUUGAGUUAUGCUGUUAACAAACAGACAAACUCCGGUGAUUACAUAACCUGCUGGCAGAGGUAAAUAUUACAAAAACGAGACACAAAACGGCAAAAGCGAGUAACAAAAUGACCAAAAAUGAGACAAAUAACAUGAAAUAAAAUGAAAAAGACACAAAAAUGAGACAAAAAGUUACAAGGUGUGAAAAAAAAUGGACAAACAAUAAUUUUACAAAGUCGUCUACAUGUUUGACACCCCUGCUCUAAGAAGUCAAAGAGGGUUUUUUUAAAGAUUAGUUUUGCUAAAUCAUAACCUAGUAAAGCGGUGAAUCAGCUCAUUGAGUUUUCUUUCUGAAUGCUAUAAUGCAGAGUUUUGCCUGACAGACACAGAUGAGGGUGCACAGAUUACAGUGUGGCUUUAUCCAUGAGUCAGAGGAAACCGUUAUUGUGUGACAGCUGCAAAAUAGUGAAAAAAUAGUUUUCUGUAGGGGGGGUUCUGCAGAAUACAUAGUGGAUGACACAUGUUGUAAUUUACUUUGGGUAGUUAGCAACUCUUAUAAUCACAAAACAUAGCGUCAUAAACCCUGAAGAUCCCAGUGGAGAAGCUGUAGGACGAUGACACAGGGAUGGAAAUCUGUGGAUUCAGCGGACUUUCCACACCAUCGCUGCUCUUUCCUCCGACACAAACUGCUGUGAGACUAGAGGCCACGUUGUCUUCUUUACCUUUCAUGAAGCUUUUCCGUGAGAAAACCAACCACUAUAAGUAUGCAGACUCUGGCAUGACGAGUCGACUUUGCACUGCGAUGCGUUUACAGCAAUCUGAGGCCACAUUACUGAAAACACAACAAAUCACAAACUCAGUGAGGAAGAGUCAGUCUGCUCUUCCAGUCUUUCUAGGUUGUGGUCUCGAUCUAAAUUGCGUAUUUAUUUCUGCUGUUUGUUCGGGAAAGAAAGAACCAAUUAUGUUUUUUGAAAUAUUUAUUUAAUUGUAAUUUAAACUGAGUCAAAAUUUUGACAAAUGUAGAACAAUAAAAUAAUAUUUGAGACCGAGUUAAGAGCUGCAUGUUUGUGCAACAGCUUCAGUUCUCACCAAUAAUGUGUUCAGUUUAUAACAAAUAGGACUGUUCUAACGCCGAUGCACCUUAUUUUAUGUCAUUUUCCUUCAUGUGCUGUUGUUUCUCAUUUGCUGUUUUUUCAUAGUUUUUUAUUGUGAUGUUUACACUGGAUUUAAACACACUCAGGCUGAGUUGCUUUUAUGUAAUUUAUUUAUGAAAAGCAACUUUAAUAAAGUUUGUUUUCGGGGUAUAAUUUACGUUUUCACAUGAUGCAUUCACUGUAUCCUUGACAUUCAGUAACUUUCAUUAAAAUGUCCACUAAUAAUUAAAAAGACUUGAGUUUACACCUUUA